CGGAACUUAAACGGGCCCAAAGACAAUACUACCUGCUUCCUUGAAAGACCAGUGCUGGUCCAACGUUCGUCAAGGAUGGUCGUGUUUUGUUUGGUGUUAUCCCUCGCAGUGCUGGCAGCAGGGGAGCAUUCGGGCGCGUACUCAUCUCCUCAAUACGCGAAGAAAAUGUACCCUAAAGCGUAUGACGCAAACGCGAUUUUGCCAAGAGAAAAACCUCCGAUUCCUUUCGAUAACUCGGCUUCUCGAUUCGAUGUGAACGACACGGCUCAGUACGGACGGUCGUCGUUCAUGGAUACUGCUGGAAGCUUCUUGAACAGUGCAGGUGGGCAGCUGGUGUCAGGCCUGGCAAAGGACUUCAUCGCCAGGUCGACGGGCAGCAGUCAGGUUGGUUUCGACUGCGUAUCACAGGUACUAAGCCUGAAUCUAACCAACUUGGUGAUAUUGAUCGUGCUGAAGGCUCUCAUCUUGGCCGCCGGGUUCUUCGGCGCCGGCGCAUGGAAGGGCGGCCAUCAUUACGCGAGAAGUCUUGACGACAAUAAAAACGCAUCCUACCUUACCGAGGACGAAGUACUCCUGUACCUUAGCUAUCUGUCAGGGCAGCAGAAGAAAGACUUCGGUUGCCUGUACCGCUUGUCCUGCCAGAAACCUGACCAGGCUGCUCUGUACUCUUCAGGCGCCGAACUUCUGCUGCAAGGAGCUAAACUAUUACAAGGGAACAGCAUAGAACUGGAGCCCUACGAAGACGUAUCAAAAGGCAUCAAGAAAGCGGUAGAGUGGGGAGAGACAGGAGGGCCGUGCGAGUCGCGUUACCCUUGCGGACAAUGAGUCAGGAGCAGCCAGGAGAUUUAAGUGGUAGCUUGUAGAUAAGUGAGCUAGUUAUAACACAACUUCAGCAGGUCAUUUGUCCACUUUUGCCAGAGACAAAGAGAAGAUUUGACCUACAGUUUUAAUCGCUCCAAAAACAACUUAAUGCUUAAUCAUGAUGAUAAUAUUAAUGUUAGUCGCCAAACAUUUUCAAACUUCCUGUUCCUUUAUUCGUGGUGUGUAAAUAUUGGCGUUAAAGUGAAAGUUCCUGAAAAUAAUCAUUAACAAACCUUAAUCUUAAAAAAACUAACAAGGUACCUACUACAUAAUAAUUAUAAAUACAAAAUAAGCGCAUAAUUAUUUGUAAAUCUUGUCUUUAUUACAAAAUGUUAUGGUAGAGUUCUUAUUGUAACAAAAACUAUGAUUAUGAAGAUAUUUAGUCAGUUAUAAAUAGGUAAUAUGUACAGAAUUAAAAUUAAAUCAUUUAAAUAUAAACUAUAAACAAUUCAUGGAAUUUUAUUGUCUCCAUUACAAAAAUUUCGACUAACUAAUUAGGGUUUUCUUCAAUUAGGCCUUACAUUUACACGUAAAUUAACCUUAUUGGCUCCAAAAGCUAAGUAUUUUGUUAUACAGUAAUUAACAAAUGUCCAACAUAACU